AUGAAUUUUGAAAAUUUGAAAGUUUUACAAACUAGCUUCAUUAAGUUAUGCCUUAAUUAGCAUAAACCUCAUUUAGAAUUAAAAGAAGUAAAAUUUAUGAAAAAAAAUUUUUAAUAUUCCUAAAAUUAAAUCGAAAUAUACGAUUAUGGGCACGCUAAAGUAUUUGACCAUCAAGAACAAACUCAGAAAUUACUAAUUAUUUGCCUAUAUAAAGGAUAUGAAAGUUAAACUGAGUUUUACUUAAGAGUUAUGAAAACUGCUGUAAGAAGUGAUAUCCUUUUAAAUUUAGUUAAACACUAUUACUUAGAUGAUAAUCAACUUUUCUAUGUUUUUGAAAUGGAAUGUUUUGAUGAGACAUUAAAUACAUUUUAGUAAAAGCACAUUGUAGAUGGUUAAAUUAUUAACUCUUUGAAAGAUUAAAUUACUUAAUACUUCUUCAAAACUCAAGAAAUAAUUUAAGAUUAUAAAUAAGAUCUUCAAUUCUACAUUAAAUAUACAUAAUAAAAAUAACUCUAAAUUAAGGUUAAUUUGAUAGAUCCAAGUUUGAGUGAAUAAUAAUUAAAGUAAAAAUAAAAUUAACAAAGAUUUCAAAGUAUAGGUGAAUAAGAAUGUGAAGGACGCUUAGAAAACUAAGAUGAAAUUUUAGUAAAUAAAUAAUAAAAUUUAGACUAAAGUUAAAAUAAAACUGAGAUUGAUAUUGAAGAUGAAGAAAAAUAAAAUUUCUUAGAAGCAAUAAAUUAUAUUAGUAAUUCAAUCAAUAUGCAAAUUUAAAAAAAUGAUCUUGUGAGCUCUGUUUAACACUUUUACUCAAAUAUUUUAAAUUUUCAUCCUUUGGAAAUCUUCAAAACGGUUUAAGAGUGCCCUAUGUAUUAAAGUUUCUAGGAAAUCUCUUUCGGUGAAUAAACCUUUUAAAUGAAGGUUCAAAAACGAGGAUAGACUAUUUUACUAGAAGGAACUAAUAUAAAAGAUUAAUAAAAUGAUAGCUUUAACUUUGAGUAAAAUGAUUUUGGAUUUUAAAUUGAUUCAUUUAGCUUUUAAGAAUCUUCAGAAUUUUAUGUUUUCCUAAUUGAAUCUAAAAUUUAAAGUUGCCUUGAAAAAUUCAAUAAAGAAUAUAGCAGCUUAAAUAACCUGAGAAAAGCUACAGGAAAUGUUAACACCAUGGUAAAUUAUAAGAAUUGA